AUGUCCGAUACAUACUAUAAGCUAACACUAGAGCUUCUUAAAAGUUAUAUCACCGAGCGUUAUGAAUCUCAAGUUUCUGUGAAGGUGGAUACACCGGAAUUCAACAAAUGGGAGGCUGGUCCUUUCAUAGUGACAGUAUCUGAGAUCUCCCCUAAUACAACCCUUAUAAACUUCGUGAGAGGAAGCGAUAGCAAGUCCGUCUCUAUUGAGUGGGAUAAAUGGAAUUUGGAGCUACCUGUGAAGGAGAUUUCUCCUGAAUUGACGGAUCAGUUCUUUAUCUACCUAGAUAUGAGACUUGAUCCUCCUACGCUCAAACGUGACGAAGAGCACAAGGAGAAGGAGAGUUUUACGGGACCGCCACCUCCUACAUCAGAACUGGGCCUUUCGAAAUCAUCAGAGCCUAGUUUAAACAGGGAGUCGAGGAAACCAGCUGAUAUGCCAGAUUUCGAAGACGAGUAUGAGGUGCUUGCAUCUUCUAAUAGAACAGGGGAGCUGUCAUCUUUUACACCAAUUGGUGACCGUGACUUGAACCCACCGGGGCUUCCUCGUGACCCCCUUAUGAAACCCUACAUUGACCCAUUGGCUGCUCCUGAAGGAGGUAUGCAUCCAACCAUGAAUCAUCCGCUUUUCGGAAGAAACCAAGGCAACUCUUCAAGACGAGGCGUUCCUCCUGGAGCAAGAUUUGAUGAUCCUAUGGGCGAGGACAAUUUGGACGAUAUGGGCAUGGGACUUCCUGGCAACCUACGCAGAGGAGGAGGUCCUGGUUUCGGGCCUGGCGGACCAGGAUUUGGACCAGGAGGCUCGAGCGGUUUUGGCGGUGGAGGGUUCGGCUUUUAA